AUGAAGGUCCUUGGUGCUACCGUCCUUGUCCUCCUCUGCACUAUGGCCCUCUGCUCCUAUGAUGAAAAUAAGACUAACGUGGCAUCCACCUGCUGCUUCACCUACACGUCCCGGCCGAUCCCCCGCGGACGUGUGGUUACCUAUUUUAAGACCAGUGGCCAGUGCUCCAAACAUGGUGUUAUCUUUCUCACCAAAAAGGGCCAGCAUAUCUGUGCCGAUCCCCACAAUGCCUGGGUUCAGGAAUACAUCAGCCACCUGGAGAAUCCCCAACUGGUCCGGUGGUCCAGCGUUCCAGAGGGUAGCAAGGAACAAAAGUAG